AUGCCGCCGCCGGCGCCGCCGCUCCACCUCUCCCUCCACCCUCCCUACACUCUCCCGCCCUCCCGCCGCCGCGCCUCCCGCUCCCCUUGCGUCGCGUCGCGCCCGAUCGCCCCUCGCCCCGCCUCCCUCCUCCGCGGUGUGCGGCGCCCCCUCCGCGCCGCGCAGGGCGAGGAGGCGGUGUCGGAGGGCGCCGCGUGGCCGGAUGGGUCUGAGGAGGAGCUCCGGAGGCUUCUGGAGCUCCUCCCCGGGGAGCUUCGGCGGCGGGUGGAGACCCACCCGGAGCUCCCGGCGCUCGUGGAGGUGGUCAUGGACCUCGGCCGGCCCCCGCUCGCGCGCUUCCCGUCCGGCGACUUCCUCCUCUCCCACCGCCCCAUCUCCUUCGACGACCUCCAACACGCCACCUCCCAAGUUGGUGACUUUGGAGCGGACAAUCGUGCCGGAAUCAGCCGGACGCUGCACCGGAUCAGCGCGAUUCGGAACCGGAAGGGCGUCAUUGUAGGCCUCACUUGCCGCGUUGGGCGGGCAGUGCCCGGGAGCGCCAAUUUGCUUCAAGAUUUGGUUAAGGAUGGUGGGUCAUUACUGCUCAUCGGUCCACCGGGGGUAGGAAAGACUACUGUCAUAAGAGAAAUAGCCCGAAUGCUGGCUGAUGAUUACAAGAAGCGCGUGAUGAUUGUUGAUACAUCUAAUGAGAUUGGUGGGGAUGGUGAUAUUCCUCACCCAGGAAUAGGCAAUGCCCGUAGGUUGCAAGUGCCUAACCAAGAUAUGCAGCACAAGGUACUGAUAGAAGCCGUGGAAAACCAUAUGCCUCAGGCAAUUGUAAUUGAUGAAAUUGGAACAAAAUUAGAGGCUAUGGCUGCUAGCACCAUUGCCCAGCGGGGAAUACAGCUUGUUGCAACUGCCCAUGGUGUAACAAUAGAGAAUCUGAUCAUGAAUCCAUCACUAGAGAUGCUUGUGGGAGGAAUACAGAGUGUCACACUUGGUGAUGAAGAAGCUAACCGGAGAGGGGUCCAGAAAACUGUCCUAGAGCGCAAGGGCCCAUCAACAUUUACAUGUGCUGCAGAGAUCGUCUCCAAAACUGAAUUACGUGUCCAUCGUAGUUUGGAAGCCACAGUAGAUGCUCUACUUGCAGGCAAGCCACCUAAUGUUGAAAUUCGGAAGUUGGGUCCAAAGGGAUUGGUGCAGGAAGUUUCCGUGCAAAAGGAACAAUCGCAUAUUGGUCUUUAUGAAGAUGCAACUCAAUUUGACGGCAAUUCUCUAAGGAAUGCCAGAAGAAGUUUGGACUCUGCAUUUAAUCUUGAUUCUGCUGAAGGACAUAUAGAGAAGUCAGAUGAAGCUGAGUCAAGCUUGAAUCUAUACGCUUAUGGGAUCUCCGAGUCGACUGCCUUGCAAGCCAUUAAACAGCUGGAGUUGGAGGACGUUGUUGCUUUAACUUACAAUAUCAGCGAAGCUGAUGCGGUGAUCGCGUUGCAUUCGAAGCUCAAGAAGAAUUCUCAGAUUCAGGCUGUGGUGAAAUCUCAAGAUAUACCGGUUUUUUUUGUGAAGACAAACUCCCUGUCACAAAUCACUAGAGCACUCCGUGCCCUCGUCGACGAUCACAUGGACGAGUUGAUAGAUUAUGAGGACAAGGAAGAAGCGAGAUCAUCAGAGGAAACUGAUGCUCUGGAGGAGGCGAGGCUGGCAAUCGAGCAAGUGGUGAUCCCGAAAGGCGAGAGCGUGCAGCUGCUGCCGAGACCGCCAAGCAUCAUCGCCUCCCAAGUGGAUCUCGUCGAGAGCUUCAGCCUCGAGUGGGAGGUCGUAGGCCAGGAUCUUAACUCCCACCUGAGAAUCCUUCCACACUUCACGGCCAAAGAAGCCACCGGCGCUGAGCAAGGAACCGCGGCCGGGCUCGCCGACUCAGGGAGCACCGAUGAUGACACGGAUGAUCACACACACCAGAACGGUAUCACCAGGCUACCUUUCCUCCCUGAUUAGAGGGCAUAACCUUUUCAGUUCGUUGGCUGCAGGCUCUGCCGUUGCACCUGGCUGUAUAUUCCCUUCAUCCGGGGGUAACUUAACUUUCAUCAGAAAGCACUUUGUGUUUACGAAAGUGGAUAAGAGUGCUGCUCUACGCGUACA